GCGACCUGGAACUCCUAUAUACUUCCGUUUCCAGCCUAGCCUCUUUCUUUUGGUGCGGAUAGCCCUCCCGUAAUCAUGGUUAACGUUCCUAAAACCCGCCGGACUUUCUGUAAAAAGUGCGGCAAGCACCAGCCUCACAAAGUGACCCAGUACAAGAAGGGCAAGGAUUCUCUGUAUGCCCAGGGAAAGCGGCGUUAUGACAGGAAGCAGAGUGGCUAUGGUGGGCAGACCAAGCCCAUUUUCCGGAAAAAAGCUAAAACUACAAAGAAAAUAGUGCUGAGGCUUGAGUGUGUUGAGCCCAACUGCAGAUCUAAGAGAAUGCUGGCUAUUAAGAGAUGCAAGCAUUUUGAACUGGGAGGAGACAAGAAGAGAAAGGGACAAGUGAUCCAGUUCUAAGCUCCAUUUUUUGUUUUUUUAUGAAGAAAAUAAAAUCAUGAGGUCAAUUUCACUUUAUUUGGUUUUAGUCCUUGGGGAGGGAAUAAACUACAGACAUAAAUAAAAUUCCCCUUAAGGAAA